AUUUACUCACAUAUAAGUGUAUAAAAAUAGAAUAGACGAGUGCUUGCAUUUAUAAGUCUCUCUUCUCAGCACAAUGGAAGAUGUAUGUAUAACUAGGUAUCGGUCAAACGCAGUUUAGUGAAGCUCCAGCAGUUGAUCAGUUGUUUCGAUAAUAUGCAGCAGUUCAGUUACCUUUCACCAACAUUAACACUACUCAUCCUAUUGCUCUUCGGAAAUAAGUGGAGGAUCGCUAAAGCACAAAAUGGCAUUCCAACUGAAGUAAGAAGAUGUACUCUCGUUAAACAACAAAUAUUCGAAGAGGUGAAAACUUUCAGUGCUUUCAUACAUGGGGCUGAAGAAUUGAAAUAUACUAUAGAUCAUUGUAAGCAAUUUGCUCCCCUAAUAGUCGGGGGAAGCCCAGCGAGUCCUAAGGAAUUUCCGCACAUUGCACGUUUGGGUCACGCAAGUAAUGGAAGACCGACAGAGUGGUUUUGUGGUGGUACUCUUAUAAGUGAGAAAUUUGUUUUGACUGCAGCGCAUUGUUUCUCAACAAACCGUGGUGAAGUGAACAUUGUACGCUUAGGUGAGUUGGACUUUAGCAGAGAAUCGGAUGAUGCGCGGCCAGAGGACUUCCGUGUACGACGCUACCUAGAGCAUAAAGACUACAACCCAGCAACAAUUUACAAUGACUUAGCACUCAUUGAACUGGAACGAGCUGUACGUUUCGACGCAUAUAAACAUCCUGCCUGUUUACCUACCACUUCUGGAGAAGAAUUUAAAAAAAUGGUGGCUAUCGGUUGGGGAAGCACCCGUUUCGCCGAUUCUGAAUCGAAAAAACUUCUGAAAGUAACGCUCGAUCGGGUGGCCUUCGAUCGCUGCCAACGUCUUAUCGCAUCAUCGGAUGUGGUUGUGGAUUAUCGAUCGCAAAUAUGUGCUGGUUCACGAGAAACAAAAGAUACUUGUAGUGGUGAUUCGGGCGGUCCAUUAUUAGCCUAUCAUCCCAACUAUCCCUGCAUGUACACUAUUGUUGGUAUAACAUCACACGGAAUUGGCUGUGGAGCACCCGAUCAACCGGGUAUUUAUACUAGGGUAUAUAACUAUAUUGAUUGGAUACGUAAUAUUGUUUGGAGGUAAAGUUCAUGCAAUUAAAAAAGUACAUUUGUAACAAGUACAUGCGAAUAAUAAAUUGCCUUAAUAAGAAAAUUUCAAAA